AUGGACGACUCGCUGAUCCACAUCACCUCCAAGCAGCAGUUUGACGACCUGCUCAGCACCUCCCGCAUCGUCGUCGCCGACUUUUACGCCGACUGGUGCGGCCCCUGCAAGCAAAUCGCGCCGCUCUACGCAAGCCUCGCCGAGCAAAUCUCACGACCCGGCCUCCUCACAUUCGUCAAGAUCGACAACGACAAGAACCAGGACCUCGCACAAGAAUACAACGUCUCAGCCCUUCCCACGUUCCUCCUGUUCCGAAACGGCAAGGUCAUCCAAAAGGUGCAGGGCGCAAACCCCACCGAGCUCAAGACCGUCAUCGAGAAGCUGGCUUCCGAGCUGGAGUCGCUGGCAGAAGGCUCAGGGAGCGGCGGCCCUGCUUGGAAGGGCGCCGAAGUUCCCAGGGGCUACAGCGAUGUCACAAGCGAGAUCGAGAUCAAGGGCUGCGAGCUGCUGAACGCGGAUGAUGAUGCGGGCCCCGUCAGGGUUCUGUUCGAGAGCUCCAAGCCAAGUGCUCUGAGCGAGGGUGCAGCACCUGCUACCAAAGACUGGGUGCAGAGCGGAGCCGACGACCAGCUUCUCCUCUUUAUCCCGUUCCAAUCAACCAUCAAGCUCCACACGCUACAGAUCACGUCCUUCCCCCCUGAAGGCAAUACCGAUGUCUCACGGCCUGGAGUCAUCCGUCUCUUCAUCAACCGCACAUCCAACAUGGACUUUGGAGAGGCCGAGGACGCAGAGCCGACGCAGGAGAUCACGCUGGGGCCCGAGGAUUGGAACUCGCAGGGCACGGCAAGCAUCGGCCUGCGAUUUGUCAAGUUCCAGAAGACAACCACCCUCACCAUCUUUGUACAGCGUGGCGACGGCGAAGCAGAUGCUGUGCGCAUUGACCGCAUCAAGCUUAUCGGUGAGGCCGGUACAAAGAGGGACAUGGGCAAGCUUCAGAAGAUGGAGGACGAUGAGUAA